AUGGGAUGUGAAUCUACUGAAGCCUGCAAUGGCUGCCAAGACAAAUCGAACGGCUGCUCCAGCAGCAACGGAACGACUCAACUCGUUGACAUCGAAGACUACAAGAUUGAACUCUCAGCUCUCCGUGCGAGAACGAAAGAACUCGAAUCCCAGCUCUCAAAACUUACAGUUCAAGCGAGCGACAAUUCUAGCCUCCGCUCAGCGAAAUGGUUCAAUCGCGCAGACGAUCGAGCAAUGUCUGCUCUGUAUGUCGAUCGGUAUCUGAAUUAUGGUCUGACGAGAGAAGAACUCAUGUCCGGCAAGCCGAUUAUCGGGAUCGCGAAUUCGGGAUCUGAUCUCACGCCUUGUAAUCAGUACCAUACGACUUUGGCACAUCGCGUGCGAGAGGGAAUCCGUUCUGCGGGAGGUAUUGCGAUUGAAUUCCCUACGCAUCCGAUUCAGGAAUCUUCUCGACGGCCGACGGCAACGCUGGACAGGAAUUUGAGUUAUUUGACUCUGGUUGAAUUAUUAUAUGGGUAUCCAUUCGAUGGAGUUGUGCUCAUGACUGGAUGCGAUAAGACCACGCCGGCUUGUCUCAUGGCGGCGGCGACAGUCAAUAUUCCAGCUAUCUGUCUUAAUGUUGGACCUAUGUUGAACGGUUAUGGGCAGAAAAGUAACGACUUGGUGGGAUCUGGGACAGUUGUAUGGAAGGCUAGGGAAUUGCAUGCAGCAGGAGAGUUGAAUGAUGAGGAAGUCACGGACCUGAUCACUCGAGGGACGCCGAGUGUUGGGCAUUGCAACACAAUGGGUACGGCAUCGACGAUGAAUGCUCUUGCCGAAGCUCUUGGUAUGGCGCUGCCAGGAUCUGCUGCCAUUCCGGCGCCGUACAAGGAGCGUGCACAAUGUGCAUAUAAGACUGGAGUGCAAAUUGUGGAAAUGGUGCGCGCGGACAGGAAGCCGUCGGAUAUCAUGACAAGAGAGGCUUUCGAGAAUGCAAUCGUGGCGAAUACAGCGAUUGGUGGGUCGACAAAUGCUCCAAUCCAUCUGUGUGCUGUGGCGAAGCAUAUUGGCGUGCCGCUUGACCUGGAUGACUGGGAUUGCAUUGGUUUUGGAAUCCCCUUGAUGGUGAACGUUCAGCCUGCUGGUGAAUAUCUUUGCGAGGAGUACUUCCGUGCUGGAGGUCUUCCUGCUGUGAUGGCGGAGCUCCUCGAGCAAGGCAAGCUGCAUGCAAAUGCCAUCACGGCUAAUGGCAAGACGAUACAGGAGAAUGUUGAGGGAAGGCAGACGUGGGAUCGAAGGGUCAUCUUGUCAUAUGACAAGCCCAUGAAAACUGACGCCGGCUUCGCGCACAUGACUGGCAAUUUGUUUGACAGCGCCAUUAUGAAGUCUUCGGUCAUCAGCGCCGAGUUUAGAGAGGCGUUCCUGGAGAACCCCGACGAUCCGAACGCUUUCGAAGCGAAGGCUGUUGUCUUCGAUGGCCCGGAGGACUAUAAUGCCAGGAUCGAGACUGCACCGAUAGACGAGCGGACUAUCCUCGUGAUGCGUGGUGCCGGGCCGCUAGGCUACCCUGGAGCAGCGGAAGUGGUCAAUAUGACCGCGCCUGGGCAUCUGCUAAAGAAGGGCUUGAAAUACUCGCUGCCGUGCAUUGGCGACGGGAGACAAUCGGGAACUUCAGGAAGCCCUUCCAUUUUGAAUGCGAGCCCAGAGGCAGCUGACAAUGGCAACUUGGCAAUUUUGAAAGACGGAGAUAUGCUGCGAGUGGACCUGACUAGACGCAAAGUGAACAUGUUGAUUCCUGAUGAGGAGAUUGCUGCAAGGAGGAAGGAGCUGAUGGCGAAGGGUGGAUACAAGAUGGUCGAGAGCCAUACGCCCUAUCAAGACUUCUUCAGGAGGGAAGUCGGGCCUCUCAGCGAGGGAAUGGUCUUUCGACGAGCGACGCAGUUCCAGAGAGUCGCGCAGAAGGUGCCAAUGCCUAGAGAUAAUCACUGA